GGCAAGACUGAGUUCAUCGCUGAGUGCCACAUGCCCACUGACCGCGGGAUGUUCCGUCUGCGCUCCUACAGGUACAGGGGAGCUAAGAUAAUGGAGCCGGUGGUGAUGGUGAGCGGGGACUUGAGGGGGAAGGAGGGAGUGGUUGUGCGGGUACACGAUCAGUGCUUCACGUCGGAGGUACUGGGCUCGAAGAGGUGUGACUGCAAGGAGCAGUUGGACAUGGCACUCAACUACAUCAACCAGAACUCUGGAGCCAUCAUCUACAUGCCUCAGGAGGGGAGGGGCAUCGGCCUGGCGAACAAGAUCGCUGCAUACCAGCUGCAAGACAACGGGCUGGACACGGUGGACGCUAACAGGCAUCUGGGGUUCGAGGACGAUGAAAGGUCCUACGAUUGUGUUCCUGCGAUCCUCGAGGACAUGGGGAUCCUGUCAGUGCAGUUGGUGACCAACAACCCCUACAAGAUCCAGCAGCUGACAGACGUGGGGGUGAAGAUCGACAGGACGAAACCUUCGCUGGUGGAGCCCAACACCUACAACGUGAAAUAUCUCAGGACAAAGGCGGCCAGGAUGUCCCACUCUCUC